CUGGGAGAGAAAUUUUUAGAGAUUUCCUAAGGGGAGAAUACUCGGAAGAAAAUAUAUUGUUUUGGUUGGCUUGUGAAGAACUGAAGCGGGAAACAAAUCCAGAAGUGAUCGAGGAAAAAGCGAGAAUCAUAUACGAAGACUAUAUAUCUAUCCUUUCUCCUAAAGAGGUCUCACUUGAUUCCAGAGUGCGUGAAAUUGUCAACCGAAACAUGGUGGAGCCAACGCCAAGGACAUUCGACGAAGCACAGCUGCAAAUCUACACCUUGAUGCAUCGGGAUAGCUACCCACGCUUCGUCAAUUCGCCAUUGUAUCGGUCGUUAUCUCAGCAGCAGACUAGUACAUCUGGUCCCCAAUCAGCUGUGACAACAGCCAUGGUGACAGUUUCUUCAGG